AAAAUGGACAAUAUUUUGCUUACCCUAAUAGCUCGAGUUAGUGAUGGAUUAAUUUUGGCAACUUCAAUUGAGGGAGCAGACAAUCCUGACCACAAUAUGGUUAAAUAUAUGAGUCAAGCAAAAGUGAUCUUUCGUAAAUUGAAUAGUCCAAAUACGCCACAGAUUCAAUCAAUUACCAGUGGACAAUAUUUUUUUCAUUAUAUUGUGAAGGGUGCAAUAUGUGCUUUAUCUUUGUGUGAGCAGAAUUUGAAUAGAAAAAUAGCUUUUGCUUAUUUGGAAGAUGUUGCUGUUGAAUUUCUUAAUCAAUAUGGAACUCAAGUGGCUUCGACAACUAGACCAUAUCAUUUUUUGGAAUUUGAUACUUAUAUUCAAACUGCAAAAAGAAAACAUAUGGAUAAAGGACGUAAUGCAUUUGCCGCGGUCAGUAAUGAAUUACAAGAUGUUACAAGAAUUAUGGUUUCUAAUAUUGAGGACGUUAUACAUCGUGGGGAGGCAUUAAAUAUUCUUGAGUCUCGUGCUUCCGAUCUCUCCCAUUUAAGCAAAAAAUAUCGCGAAGAUGCUCGACAAUUAAAUCGACGAACGGCAGUGUUUAAAUUAUUUAUUGCUAUUGGGGUUGCUUCAAUUUUAUUUUUAAUAUUCCGAUUUGUUUAUUUUUGA